UGUUGCAAACAGAAGCUGCUGCUGGUUAGUUUGUAACGUUUCAAAAUAAAACCACAUCCUGUUUCAGGAAGUGAAGGCAGAGGCAGAGACGACGGACAGACGACAGAUGACAGAUGACAGACGACAGACGACAGACGACAGACAACAGCUCUUUUCUCUCCCUCGAAACCACACAGCAAGGCAGCUGUUGGACAUGGCCAGCGAAAUACCUGCAGAAUUGGUAAGCGAAGAAAUGGAGAAGAGAAAGAAAGACGAAGAUGUAGCUCAGACCUCAUUUGCAGGAGACAACGCAGCAAGAUGUGCUUCAGACGUGCAAACUUUGAACAACUCAGCUCAAGGUGGAAGCAACGUCAUCGCUCCAGUUUUGUCAUAUAACACUGUGGAGAGAGACAUCCACGUCACCACACAUAACCAUCAUUAUGGUGCUGGGACCUCAACUGCAACACAGCCAGCAGAGGAGCAAGAUACAACCUCAAUCAUUACUGAAUACAAAGAAUCAAUACGGUCCUCAUAUGAAAAGGUGAAGGAGUAUAACCGUCUACCUGGAGAGAACGUGCUUCUCACUGAGCGUUACACAGAGCUGCUAAUGGUGGAGUGUUAUAGGGAGCCUGGAGAAAAAGAAAAGGAGAUGCGUGCCAGAGGAGAACAACACCAGGAGGUCUUGAAGAGUGCAGCGAACAGCAAAAUUACUGUUGACCAGUUUUUCAGACCCGAUGACCGUGGAAGUGUUCCUAAAGCAGUCAUUCUCCAGGGCAAUUCUGGAUAUGGCAAAUCCUUCACUGCUCAGAGGAUCAUGUUGGACUGGGCCUCUGGGACUUUGUUCAAGGACUCAUUUGACCUGGUGCUUCACCUUAAAUGCAAAGAGAUCAACGAAAUCGCAGAAGAAUGCAGUCUCGUGGAUUUGCUCAAGUAUAGCCGUGACUUCACCAGUGACACAGCAGAUGUGCUAAGGGACCCCAAGAAGAAAUUGCUCAUUCUAGUUGAUGGUUUUGAUGAGCUCAGGUUCUCCGUUGAGGAUGAUGAGAGUCCACCCCCUAAAGACCCUUUCGAGAAGGCUCCUGUCCAGGCCACCAUGGAGGCUCUGUUCAAAGGCCAUAUUUUGCGCAAGUGCAAACUGUUGCUCACCACCAGGUCCACUGCUACAAAAAAGCUCAGCGAUCUUGUCACUGGUUCUCGCUUUGUGGACAUCUUGGGCUUUGACGAAGAGUCAGUGAAGGAGUAUCUCCACAGGUUUUUCUGUAACAAGCCUAGGGCAGAUGAAUUGUUCCGGCGUGUAAAAAACAAUGAGACCUUGUACACGGCCUGCUUUAUUCCCGUCAUCUGUUGGGUCACCUGCACACUUUUUAGGGAACAAAUACAGGACGGUGCACACAUCACUACAGAGCUAGAAACGGCUACCUCCAUCUUUAGCCACUUUGUGUCCACUCUGCAUGAACAUCACAGUCAGGAUUUGAGUCUAUCUGUGCCCGACCUGCUGAGCAGUCUAGGCAAGCUGGCAGAAAAGGGGAUGCAAGAGCAGCGAGUCCUGUUUUCAAAGAAGGAUGUGUUAAGUGUAGUUUCAGAUCCAGACAAAGUGCCAUUUCUGUGUAAAUUCCUUGUGAAAAAGAAAGUCAAACAAGAGGAGAUGUUCAGUUUCAUGCAUCUAAGCUUCCAGGAGUUCUUCACUGCGCUCCACUACAUCGUAGAACAGGAUGGAGAGAAACUCAAAGGGCUGCUUGACUCCUACAAUGCAGGCUAUUGGCAAUCACACCGCUGGCCUGUCAUUCAGUUUCUGUUUGGCCUUGUAAAUACGGAACUGAUUGAAAACCUGGAUGACCUUCAGUUGACACCUUACACCUCUUCCAUUAGAAGUCACCUGGAAGAGUGGAUUAAGAAAAGAAUUCAACGUGUGAAAAGCAAUAGAGAAUGGGCAUUAUUCAUUCUCCACUGUCUCUAUGAGCUCCAUGAAGAGGAUUUUGUUCGGAAAGUCAUGAAUGCCUGGGAUGCAUUGUCCUUUGGAGGAUUCAUUUCCCUGACAAGGAUGGACUGCUGGGUGCUCCGCUACUGCCUGCUGUGCUGCUCCAGCUUCAAAAGACUGGAGUUCUAUGAGUGUCGCUUGACUGAUGAGAUCCUGAGGAUGCUGCAGCCUGCACUGAGCAAGUGUGAGGAGCUCAGGCUGCAUAAGUGUUACCUCCUAGACAGCAGCUGUUCAUCUCUAGCUGCAGCUCUCAGAUCAAACUCCUCCAGUCUGAGACAUCUGGACCUGAGUGGGAAUGAGCAACUGGGUGAUUCAGGAGUGAAGCUGCUGCUGCACUAUUGUGACCUCCCAGACAGCAGCUGUUCAUCUCUAGCUGCAGCUCUCAGAUCAGACUCCUCCAGUCUGAGACAUCUGCACCUGAACUACAAUACACAACUGGGUGAUUCAGGAGUGAAGCUGCUGUCUACUGGACUGGAGCAUCCAAACUGUAGACUGGAGACACUGGAGCUGCAGGAGUGUGACCUCCCAGACAGCAGCUGUUCAUCUCUAGCUGCAGCUCUCAGAUCAGACUCCUCCAGUCUGAGACAUCUGCACCUGAGUGGGAAUAGAGAACUGGGUGAUUCAGGAGUGAAGCUGCUGUCUACUGGACUGGAGCAUCCAAACUGUAGACUGGAGACACUGAAGUAAG